UGCGGUGCAACCAAUAAAUUUCCAUUUUGUGUUUGUGUGUCGGGGCGCGUCGAAUAAAUCAAAAAUGGUCGCCGCCCCGCCGUGUGCGAGAAAUGUGUGACCUAUGACCUCAAUGCAAAUGGAACGCAAAAAUAUGCCAAGCAUUUAGCCGAAACAUGCUGUACCAUGAACAAUUUUAGUGUUAUGGAUUUUUUAUCACCCUUUUUUAGAGCAACUAUCUCAACCCCUAUGAUGGAAAAUUAAAUUUCCACUGUUGAACGUUUUCCUCCAUUUCCAUUUCCCUUUUUUUUUUAUUUAUUUGAUAAGGUGCGGACAUGGAAACUUUCUAACUCGGGGUUGAUGUUCACCUCAAGCUGAUGUUUACUGUGCUGCCAUUUUUGCCAUCCGCACGAUGUCGCUGUGGGUUUAUUAAAUUUCGCCAGCUCUAAUGAAAUUUUCGCUUACCAAAUUGCGUUGAGGGCCAGAGAAACCUGCGAUGGCCAUUGGGUUUCCUGCGGCUUUUCGGGGUGAACAAUCUGCCGCUGUCUACCCCACAUCUUCAUCUAAAUCGUCAACAUCAUCAUUGCAGAUAGCUAAAAUAACCGGGGUAAUAUCUCAAUACCAUUGGCUGCCAUUUGGCAAAAAGUUUCCCAACAUUUUAGGGGUGAAGUUUUGCACCCCAACAAAUGUUUCUAUGCAAAAUGUUGCAGAGGAAGAAAUGUUGCAGCAACUUAUACAGCAAGGAAUUAAUUUGUAAAACUGCUGCUCCUAUUUAAAUAUGAAUAAAGUACAAAAAAAUCUUUACUUCUGCGAUAUAACAUUUUAUAGAACAUAUAUUGCUGAAUGAAUUUUAUGUGAGUAAAAUUAUAUCUGUUUGUUCAUGGAAUUAUGUUCUUAAAUUUCUUUCCAUAUAACGAUAGAAAAUCUAGGUCUUAAAAAUAACUUGAGGAGAAAAUUAUUAAAAUUUCUGCACUACUGGCACAUAAAUCUGUUAUAUUUUUGGACAAGACAACUUUAGCAAUUAUUCAAGUAAAAUGGGUGCUCAAAACCUGUGCAAAAUCAGGUGAUGAAAGUGUCCUUAAGUGGUGGUAGAAUUUUCAGGGGGAUACUACUAAAAAGAGAGGUCAUAAAGGGGUUGCCACAGGUGUUGCAAAACUUUUCUAGUUGGCCUCUUACCUAAUUUAAUUAGAGAAGCAAAACUUUAAAAUUUUCUGUCACCCUAGAAUUGGCCGCACAUGUGUGUAUGCACAUUGCAUAUUCAGCAUUCCUCCUUUACCACGCCCCUUUUGCCCCUGUUUUUGUCACUCAACUAAAAUUAGUUUACAUUUUGUUGCUGUCUUGGCAUUUUCAUGGAGAAAUAUUUUUACAAGUUUGUUCGUCUAAGUGAAUUAAGGUGGCAGCAACUUAAGCUAAAUUGUCUUUCCAAAAGUCUUAAGGCACAGAAUGAGCUGAGUUUUCAUAUAGUUUUACUAUUUAUUUAUUGUGAAACUGCACAGCAAAUUAGUUAAAAUUACAAAGAAGAUUCAGAAAACUUAAACUUGUUUAUGUUGCUAACAUAAAUAAAUGUUUGUUUUGUUUUGUUUAAAUAGCUUUUACAAUUGAAUAAAGGAGUCCAGCUUUAUGCAAAUGUUGUUAAUUACUAAUAGUAGUCCACAAAAUUGUCCAUGUCAUUAACAAUCAUUCUUGAAAAUGACUUCGCUCCUUAAUGAGUUAUCUAAUGGGUAAUCAAAAUGCCAACAAACACGCACCGACAGUUAUUAAAAUUUAAUUUUCAAUUGUCUUCGCUUAAUGAAAACUCAUUUGUAAGAACAACACGUGCAUAUCUUUCUUAACAGAAAAGCCGACCAAACCCAUUUUCCUUGAGGCCAUCAUAUGCCCCCAACCACAUUUAAAGUUUUGGCAAUUUAUGCUUUGAUUUAAUUAAAUCGCAAAUUUAAAUUCACAUGGUACAUUUGGCGAAUGUUGAUUACAUUUUUGGGGGCUGUCUAUAAGUCAUAAAGGGUUGCGCAUUGUAGUUGUGUGUAUGUGUAUGCAAAUUUUAUGGCCAACAUGUGUGACGAAAGUUUUGUGUGUAGGCAUUUUGCAUUUGAAUUAGGCCCAUAAACCAGUAAACUAAUUUCAUUUACUUUUGCCACAAUUUGCUUUAUAAUUGUCAUUUUAUGUUAUUGUCAGAAAACUUUGUGGUCAUAUUUCUCAAAAUUUGUUUCGACUGUUUUGCGGAACGCAAAUACUGAAAUGAUUUUGAGUUUAAUAAUUUAAAGUAUUUAAAGGAAACUCCAAUGACAUUAGCCCAUAAAAAUGGCCAUGACUUUGCACUAAUAUAAAUGCGAAUUAGCCAAUUGGAAGCUUAAUGAGAUUUCAAUGUAGGUUCAAUAUUGAUAAAGGGUUUCUUGUAAUUGGUUGAACUUAAUUAAUGGCUUCAUUUUCGUCAGUUUUAAAUUUAUUUAAAUUAAAUUGAUAAGCCUUGAAUAAAAAAACAUUUACAAAUUUCCCAAAUUGAAUUGUAAAUUUGUUAAAUCAAAAACCAAUUAUGAAAUGCUUUUCCAUAUCAAAAGAUAUGUACAAAAUGUAAGUGGACAAAGAAAAGACCUAUAUUCGCCUUCGCUUAAUCCUCUCAUGUAAUUUUCACAAGCAGCACACACUUAACGUUACUCAUUUAUUUUUCGGUGCUCAAUGGCGAAUGCAUUUAAUAAAAUAUUUUCGCUGCUGUCCAAGGCCUUGUAGUCCUCAUGUCAUUCAGCGCUUUUCCCCCGGUUGUGGAAAUCCCUUUUUGCUGCCGCCUUUUGUUGUGCGAAAAUUUAUUGAUAUGAGUGCGUUGUGUGUGCAAUUCAUUUUGGCAGUGAAAAUGUUAAGCGUCGUUGAAUGCAAUUGAAAUGAGGAGUCAGAGGGUCCAGAAUCCCCUGCAUUUUCUACUUGUUUGCAUCACGAGUGGGUCCUUCCUUGUGUAUGGCCGAAGUUAACAUUAUUUUUGCCCAGUAAUUCUUAAAUAACAAGGCCGUCGGACAACUUUAAGCCGCUUUACAAGUUGGCUGUGCGUGCGCGCGUAUUCGAAAUAAAAAGAGUAAAACGAAAGAGUUGAAUCGCAUCGAGCUGGAAUUUGCAUAUUUGCAAAGGAGCAUUGAACUCGUGUCAGAGUGGUGGUGGGUUCGCUUUUUUAGUUUCUGUAGUUUCUGUACUUUCAGUAGUUUCUCCGGGUAGUGCCCGCCAUGUAAUCGUCAUCGCUGUCGUUUUGGGUGGAGCGAACACGUCUCGAAUGACGCCUCCACCCGUUUUGUUUGCCCAACUGAUGGACAAGUGUCAUGAACAUCGAGAAUGAGGGAUUGGCCACCUUCCACACCGCCCUACACAUGAAUUACUUCUUCUACAUUUUCUUUUUAGGUGCGUCGUCGUGGCUCUAAAUUUGAUUAAUUCAAGAGGCAUUCGUCUGGGUUGUUUGUGCUUGUAACGCGAGACUUUAGAAAAAGUUUACAAAAAUUACUACCAAUGGAGGACGUUUAAUUUAAAAUUCUUCCACUACAAUUGUUGACUUUAUUUUGAGCAUUUUUGUGUUGUUUUAGGUUAAUUUUUAAAUUAGAUAACUUAUUAUUUAUAAUAUUAUAUAAGGCUUUAUUCUGGUAUUUUUUUUAUGCUACAAUCUUUAAGAAUUAUUUGCAUUCAUGAAACCAGCAUAUUUUUUUUUAUGGAAUGAACAGUAGUUUUUUUUUGCAUCAAUACGCAAUUCCUUUUUUACAGUACGCACAUAAUGGAAAAUUCUUGAAAUGUUUUGAACUCCAGAGGCGCCAAAUUUGUGCGCUUAGAGAGGGAAAUUCGGUGAAAAAUUCUCCCGGCUAAUGAAAACCUCAAGCUGUGCGCUCGGACCGUAGAAAAUCAGACAUCGGCGCAACGGGAGAUGAUUUGAUUUUAAAUCAAUAUUGACAGAUGACACUGGCAACGGCGAAAGCAGCAGUAGCAGCAGCAGCAGCGGCAUUUGAGGCAGAAAAUGGUUAGCAAAACUAAGUAGACAAGAGGGGGGCAGCGGAGGAAAAUUGGGAGGAAAAAUCCCAAAGGGAGGGUGUGUAUAAGUGUGUGCCACGUUGCAACAUGUUAUAUUGCUGCAGUUCAAGUGGAAGCAGCGUCAGGAAAAAUUCAGCUGCUGGCUCAGCUGGAGACCGACGAUUAGUGAGAGGCGGCAGUGGCGAAUAUAAACUGUCAACACGACUUUUUAAAAGAGCCAUCCAUAUAGUUGGUAGUUGGACCCGAGAUGGGGGGAAUUAAAGUAGUUAUGUGCAAGAUAUGCAAUAUAUAUUUCUGAGGUGGCAUCGAUAAUGCGCCAGAAGGUAAUUGUCUGUGUGCGGCCUGAAAUCUGAUCAGUUUUUUAAAUACUUUGUAGGAUAAAAUAGAUAAUCUUUAACUCAUUGACAAUUCUUUAGUUGGAAAUAUUUGUUUUAAUUAAAUUUACAUUUGUGUCAUUUAUGGCAGUUAAUAAAUUGCUUAUGGAAAUAAUAUCUUGAUUUUAUGAAGACAAUGAAUUGAUUAGAUUUUCAGACCAAUGUAAUAAGAUUUGAUUUUCUCAAAUCGAUUCCUUUUCAAUAGCAACAGAUUAAACCUUUGAUUGAUAAUCUGUACGACUAUAAUUGCAAAUUACAGAUGUCUGCCUGUUGUCAAUAAUUUCAUUAGGACAUUAAUUUUAGAUGCCCAGCAGUACUCCAACCAUCCGUUUUCUUGCCCUCAAGCCCAUCAAAAUGUUCCUAUGCUACCCCCUGGUGGGUUAACUAACCGUAAUUUCUACUCAUUUUCCAAGCAGAACCGACAACAAUCGGCUAAACCGCAAUGCCCGCAUGGCAACGUAUCCCAUAACCAUAAACCUUCUGCCCGGCUACCUAGAAAGGACACACAUGGCAAUAGAAGUCAAAUGCAAUGGCUCUACCGAAAGGAAAUGUCACCAACAAUUGUUAGUUAAUAAAUGUCAAAAGUGACAGUCUCUCGACUGUCUUAAUUGAAAGACUCCACUGCAAUUAUCAAGAUCGAGCUGAAACUAACUCUCUCUUAUUAUCCCUUGCUGUCAACAGUAGUUUGUUGUUGAUGGGACCGUAGAUAGGGGCUGAUUAGCAGCUGGUUGAGUUUACUCCAUUAUAUGGGUUCUUCUGGCCAACUAAAUAAAACUAUGUCAAGGUUCACAGACAGAAAAGAGAGAAAUUCCGCAAUAAGUGUGAGAAUUGCAUAAUGUUGCGGGAAACUGAACGAGUUUUCCCACUUAAACUUUGCUGAAAACUGUUGCAUAAUUUCAAUUGCCACCUGCCGAGCUUCAAACCGAAAAUGGUCGUCUCUAUUUUCCCCCCUACUGUUUCGCUUUUCUUUUAUCGUGAGAGAGUAACUCAGCAAUUUGGAAAAUUGUAUCAGCCAGAUAAGAUGAAGAUGAAGACAAAAAUAAAGAGACUUUUGCUAUUUGCACUUUUUCUUUCUCUUACUAUCUGGUUUUUCACUUUGUGUUGGUCUCUUUUGGGAAAAGCCUUCUUCAUGGCCAGACUUUUGUAAUGAAGCGUUGAAGUUGCUGUUGACUAUGGUGUUGCUGUUGCUGGUGAUGUUGUUGCAAGUAGCAAGUUGCUGCCAUUGCUGUUGCUAGUUGCUUCCGUGCGGCUUGACUUGACGGCAGAUUGCCCCUUGGGUUCGCUGUCAGUACGGAAAGCCAUCGCAUAAUCACAAUAGACUGACGCCCCCGCCGGCAAUCUUUUUAAGUUUCGGUAAAAACUGACAUUUGUCAUCGCCAAAUAGUUUUCCCCUGCACCACACGAACCCAAAACAAUCACGCUGAAAACUUUGCUUUUCUCACAUUACACAAAGAGUUUCGGAAAAUAUAUUGAGUCAGCCAUUUGAAGAGGCUGCGCUUCAUUUUCAGCUGUGAGUUCAUAUAUUUCAUGUUUCACGGUUUUUCUUUCAGCCCUUUUAUUAAUCAAUAUAUGUUUUUUGCAUGCAGUUUUCCCAUUCAUGUGGCAAAGUGUUGUAAAGUUGUUGCAUCGUUGAAUGCUUUCAAUUUAAUUAAGGUUUUUUUAACAAGCUUGUGACGUUUUUACAUUUUAUUUCAUUUUAAAUUCUUUUUAAGAUGCACUAGUGUUGUGAUGGUGAAUGGGCUUGAGGGUGUUUUAAAUGGGAAUUAAGUUAUUUGGAAUUUAAUAAAAUUGUUCAAAUUAAACUGUCGUGUUAGCGAAGCCUCAAACUGAAUAAAAAGUACCCGAUUUUGUGUUUAAAAUAAUAGUUUUGGUUAACUCUCUAAAGUAUUAUUGAAAUUAGGGUUGUUAAUAAUAUUAUUGUAUAGCAUUCCAAUCAAAAAUAAAGUUUACCGAUCACCUUUUAACCUUCAAUGAUGUAAUAGCAUAGUAAUGGGCUUAUCUUCGGUCAUUAAAUCCACUUAAAGCAUGGUUUAUUAUAUUAGUCGAUGAUAUGGUCUAAAGGCCUAUAAAAGGCAAAUUUUUGGCUUGAAUUUUGCUCUUCAAAGAGAACCAACUUCAAGAUGUGGAUCUUGCCGUAUCAGCAGCUCCUCCUCAGCUUUUGCCUCCUCAGCACAUUGGUGUCCAGUGAAUCCUUUAUCAUCAGAGAUAAAAUUCAUAGAGUUCGCGAAAGGCUCAGACAGCUUAUUACACCCCCAGAAGUUGAAUCUAGCUUGAUUACAGUAGAGCACCCUCAUGUGAUUCAAAUAGAUCCGCAUCAGGUAUAUCACGAAAAGAAGCCUCAAGUGAUUGAAAUACACCAUCAACCGAUCCAAGGACAGAGGCCUUUGAUAAACCAUAUUGGAAUUCAUCCAUUUCCGAUAAUUAAGAAUCCCGGUAUCACAUACGAACAUCGAGAAAAUUCCAUUAUUGUUCCAGGAAUCGGAUACCAUCAAUCUGAGAACUCAUUAAAUACUAACCAACAAAUGUCGUCGGGAAAUUCGAUAGGACAUGGCUUAAUAAUGCCAGUGCUCCAACAGUUGCAACAACAGUUGCAGUCACAAAAUCAACAGGCCAACUCAGGACAAGCACAAACACAAUCACAAUUACAAGCUCAGCAAUUGUUCAACGGUGCUAAUAAUAUUAAGUCUCAAAAACAGCUUCAAAAUAAUUUUAACAUUCGAUUGGAUAUACCAAGAUUAAGUGAAGGCCGAAAACCGAUUCAGCUUAGCCCAGUGAUUACAAAUCCCAAUGUAUUCAUUAUUCGGGAUAAAGGAUUUGAAAUUUCGCCAGACUUGCAGUUGCGGUUGGAUAACCUGAAAAAGACAUUAUCACCAUCACAGUCACUGUCACAGUCCCAGUCACAAUCGCAGUCACAGUCCCAGUCACAAUUGCAGUCGCAGCAACAGCAACAACAACAGCAAGAACAAAAGUUACGGGAGCAGUUGGAGUUGAAUAACAGAAUGUCACAGUCACAGUCACAGUCACAGUCACAGUCACAGUCACAGUUACAGUUACAGUCACAGUUGAAGUCGCAGUCAGAGUUGCAGUCACAAUCGCAGUCACAGUCGCAGCAACAGCAACAGCAACAGCAACAGCAAAAGUCAAAUUUACAGGGCUUACAGAAUCCCUUGUCUAUCAGACCACUGCAAAUAUCGAAUGGGUUCCCCCUGCCUCUUUUUGAAAAAGCAUUACGUUUAAGUAAUGAUAUUAAAUUGCGAGAGUUGAGGAGUGAGCUUCAAAAAUUGCAAAACUUGUUGCAGCUACACAGCCAAGGUCAACGCCACCUAGAACUAUUGCAGCUUCAGAAGCAAUUGCAGGUCCGAUUGCAGGAGCAAUUACUGAAACAGGCACGGGAUGAAAUACUAAUAAAGUCACCAAACAGGAUGCAAAGUCUGCUCUGGAGAGAGUAUGAAAAGUUGCAAUAUGAACAGACAGAAAGGGAAAGAAGGCGAAGGAAUAUAGAGGCUCAAAAGCAGCGAGCACUUGAGGAACAAGCUAAACAAAUACUUAUGCAACAAUUAAAGAACCAACAACAAAUUGACAAAAUACAGGAAGAAAUACUAAAACAGCAACGGAUAGAGAAACAACAUAUAGAGAUGCAAUUAUUGAAAGAUGCACAUUUAAAAGAACAUCAGUUGAUAAUCCAACGGCAACUUCUGGAAAAACAGCGUGAGAUGAUGAAGCGUCAAUUGAAAGAACUUCAAGUCAGGAAUGUUCAAAAUCAAUUGGAAGCGCACCAACUAAUAUCGGUGAACCGAGAGCAAACGAAGGGACAGACUCAGCAGCUUGGUGCCUUAAAAUCACAGUCACAGUUACAGUUACAGUCACAGUCACAGUCACAGUCACAGUCUCAACAGCUUGGUGGCUUAAACUCACAGUCACAGUCACAAUCACAAAAUAAUAUUCAAGAUUCUGGGUCACAGCAACAGUCACAGCACCAGGUUCAAAAUAAUCUAGUUGGUGGUGCCUUACAAAGUCAGUCACAAAAACAGUCACAAGCACAAAUGCAAUCACAUGGUCAGUCACAAAACCAAGCAGAAAUGCAAGCUCAAAAUCAAAUACUAGCUGGCGCUCAAAAUUCUGGAUCAUUAGUUAGCUCCCAGUUGCUGAAUGAUCAGAGUCUUUUGAAUUCUGCAUCAGGACUGUCGGACUCUUCCCAGUCCUCCCACUCGUCGUCAUCGUCAUCAUCAUCGUCAUCGUCAUCGUCAUCAUCAUCAUCGUCUUCGUCGUCGUCGUUAUCGUCGUCGUCGUCUAAUGCCCAAUUACAGAACGGUGGAUCCGCUUUACUAAACGUAGUGGUCGGUUCAAAACGUUAAGAGCUUUGGCGCUAAAGAGAAGCUACAAUAAUCUAAUCACAUAUUUAAAAUGAAUUCAAGCUUUUAUUUGCUUUGUCGAUUCUAUAUUACUAACAGCUAAUAAACAUGUGUUUUUAAUUUUCUUA